UCCGCCGGGGGAGGUCAAAGGUCGCCAAUAUGGCGGCGCCCAGGAACGGCUGAGGCGUGUAGCGGAGGAUGGCGCUGGCGGCAGGAGCUCGCCUGGGGCGCCGGCUGAGCGGGCCGGGGCCGUGGCGCGGACACUGGACGGCGGCCGGGCGCUCGCGGAGCCGGCGCGAGACGGCGGAGGCCGAGGCGGACGCGCCCGUGUUCCAGUACGUGGGCGAGCGCGCGACCCGCGCCGACCGCAUUUUCGUGUGGGGCUUCAGCUUCUCCGGGGCACUGGGCGUGCCCACCUUCGUGCUGCCCGGCUCCGGCCCCAAGCCCCGCGCCGGCUCGCGGCCGCGCCGCAGGAUCCAGGCCGUGCCCUACCGCCUGGAGCUGGACCAAAAGAUUUCAUCUGUUGCCUGUGGUUAUGGAUUCACAUUGCUGUCCUCUAAAACCAAGGAUGUUACGAAAGUUUGGGGUAUGGGGCUCAACAAAGAUUCUCAGCUUGGAUUUCACAGGAGCCGGAAAGAUAAAACGAGGGGAUAUGAGUAUGUUUUGGAGCCCUCACCCGUCCCACUGCCACUGGACAGACCUCAGGAGACGCGGGUGCUGCAAGUCUCCUGCGGCAGAGCCCACUCUCUCGUUCUGACAGACAGCGAAGGAGUCUUCAGCAUGGGGAACAAUUCUUACGGGCAGUGUGGAAGAAAAGUGGUCGAAAAUGAAGUUUACAGCGAAAGUCACAAAGUCCAUAGGAUGCAGGACUUCGAUGGACAGGUGGUCCAGGUCGCCUGCGGUCAGGACCAUAGUCUGUUCCUGACGGAUAAAGGAGAAGUGUAUUCUUGUGGAUGGGGCGCGGAUGGGCAAACAGGUCUGGGUCACUACAAUAUCACCAGCGUGCCCACCAAGCUGGCUGGAGACCUUGCCGGAGUGAACGUUGUCCAGGUGGCCACCUACGGGGACUGCUGCCUGGCUGUGUCCGUCGAUGGCCGCCUCUUCGGGUGGGGGAACUCCGAGUACCUGCAGCUGGCCUCUGUCACGGACUCCACACAGGUGAACGUUCCCCGGUGCUUGCCCUUCUCAGGAGUCGGGCGGGUGAAGCAGGCUGCGAGUGGGGGGACAGGCUGCGCUGUAUUAAACGGAGAGGGACAUGUUUUCGUCUGGGGCUAUGGAAUUCUUGGGAAAGGACCAAACCUCAUGGAAACUGCCCUUCCAGAAAUGAUUCCACCCACUCUGUUUGGCUUGACGGAGUUCAACCCAGGAGUCCAGGUUUCCCGCAUUCGCUGUGGACUCAGCCACUUCGCCGCCCUCACCAGUGACGAUGCCUGGGGAACCUGUGGAUGUGGCGUGUGGUGUGGACCACAUGGUGACGCUGGCCAGGUCCUUCAUCUGAACCUCCUUCCCGGCCCGCUCGAGCCAGGCCUCGGCCUCAGGACUGCUUGGACUGCGCAGCAGAGGCAGCAGCCCCUGGGGCUGUGGAUGGGGCGCUCCGUGUGGUGUGCCGCGCUCCCCGGCAGCCCGGGGCGGUGUGACUGGAGGCGCCAGGACGGGGUCCCCCCCCACUGCCAAGGGUGAGACGUGCUGCACUCAGCACAGAUGCCGCCGUUAUCGGCCGAGCCCCAGGGGUGUGUGGCCCCGGCAGGGCGAGGAUGAUCUGCUCAUCUCGGCUGCUUCUGGGGAACACACGACGGCUCCUGGUGUCACGUCUGGUCUUUGGAAAGCUUAGCCCGCUCAGCCGUCUCUGAUGGCUGCUGGGACACCAGCCGAAACCCCUUGCACUGGGGUUCUCCCUGGAAAUGCCAGUGGGCGCCAGCCCAGGACCCUGUGGGCCCACGGCUCUCAGCAGCCUUGUAACCACUCUUACUGCCUGGCUUAGAAGCCUUGAGAAGCCCCCUCGGGAGAAGAGCGAGGCCAAGUUCUUGUGGGCCAAGGGCUCUGAACACAUCCUGCGAAAGCUUGGCUGGAGUGCUAGCCUUGGAGAAGGAAAAUUCAGAAACAGUGACAAACAUUUGCAUUAGUAGUGUAACUUGUCUUUUUCUUUAAAAACGUCUUUUAAAAAUCUCUCUUGGAAUAAAGUCUAUU